CUCGACACCUGGUCUGUUGCUCAGUCCUAUCGUGUCUUCGCUACUUCGCUGCAUGAGAGCAAGAGACAGAAGAGGAUUUGGUUUCGACAGCACUGAAUUUGUGGAUUUGUGGCCUUAACGAGUUUGGCAAAAGUUUUUGUAUAUCAGGAACAGUGAGCUGUCAAAAUUUCCAAGUAUUUCAGAUUUCCAAGUAAUAAUGUUAUUAGGAUUGCAAGUGUUAAUUUCUGAAAUCGAUAACUAAACCUGAUAAUCUGGAAGUGUUAACUUAAUCAAGAAGAACCCAAACUCUAUCAAGCUUUGAUCAAUCACCAAACCCGAUAAUCUGGAACAGCGAAUGUUGCUGUGGAUAGAGGAUUAUGUCGGUGUAGAUAUAGGCUUCUGUCAUAUAUACCGAUGGCGAAGCGCAUAAUCAUAAUUCCAACAAUCGGAGCUCGGCUCCAGCCGAUAUUUGGGUCUCUUUUGAUGGAGCUUGGGUUUCUAUUUCACAUUAGACCUGAUAAAAUCGUUUUUCUUUUGGGAUUUUGUUGUUUGUCGAGCACACAGAGAAAGAGAGGGAGAAGAGAACGGGGGAAGAAUUAAAAGAAGAAGAGAGAGAUCAGAAACUCUUGCUUGCUUGAGAGAAAACAAGUGGAAGCUAUUUUUUUAAUCUCAAAUUUUCUGAUUGAAGUUGUUUAUGGGUCCUGUAUUUAAUGAGUCAAGGAUUGGAUGCUUCAAAAUUUAAUAUAUGCUGUUGUUGAUAUUGGGUUGUGAUUGAUUUUGCUUGCAGGCUUUGCUUGCUAUUACUGUUCCUGAUUCAAGUGAUUUAUCUGUCAGAAGAUUUGUGUUUCAGACCAGCACUUGCUAUGUUCAAUGAUGCUGAAAAGAAAGGCUUAUUAACUCCUGGAGUGAAAACACUGAUAGAGCCAACAUCAGGAAACAUGGGAAUCAGCAUGGCUUUUAUGGCCGCAGUGAAAGGGUACAAGAUGGUUUUGACCAUGCCGUCUUACACGAGCUUGGAGAGAAGAAUGUGUAUAAGAGCCUUCGGAGCUGAGUUGAUUCUCACUGACCCUCCAAAAGGGAUGGGAGGAACUGUCAAGAAGGCUUAUGACCUUUUGGAAUCCACUCCAAAUGCCCUUAUGCUCCAACAAUUCUCAAACCCUGCCAAGACUCAGGUACAUUCUGAAACUGCAGGACCUGAGAUAUGGGAGGAUACUAAUGGAAAAGUUGACAUCUUUGUAAUGGGAAUUGGUAGCGGAGGCACCAUCUCUGGGGUUGGACAGUAUCUCAAAUCUCAAAACCCUGAUUGUAACAUAUAUGGAGUGGAGCCUGCUGAAAGUAAUAAUAGACUAAAUGGUGGUAAACCAGGAGAAACAAAGAAAAUGGUGGGACAGUGUGAUCACAAUCAGAAUUCUGCUUCAGCAACAACUCAUAAGUCAAGAAGAUCGAAAAGAUGGAGAACAGUGUGUCAACAACAAACGGCUGAAGCUUCGCAUAGUUUCUGUGGAAAUGACGAACAAAAUUCUGCUGUAAUUGCGAACAAGGAUCUGUUAGUUGGUACAGCAUCACAUAUUGAUAAUUCAAUUAUGGGAGAUAUGCCAUCCAAUAUUGUAUCAAGAAGAACCAAGAGAAUGUUGAGACAAUGUGAUCACGCUGAAAAUUAUGCUUCAACCAAUGUGUUCCUUACUAGCAAUGAAUCUCACCGAGUCACAUCACGGAACUCAAAGAGGUGGAAAGCUGUAUUAUACUAUAUAUGAAGCGUCAGUUCACUGUUACACUGUUCACAAGAGGGGGUAGAAAAGUUGCUUCUGUCCUUACUGUUCGAGUGUGAUAUCGAGAUGGUGGAAAAGUCGUUUUCACCCUUGGUCUUCUUGCAUGAUCUGGAUAGAGGAAAAGCUUGGUAUUACAGAAUCGUCAGAUUUGCAAGUCGGCGACACCAAAAAAAGAAAAGCUUGGUAAGGUAUUUAUGGACGGGAAAUGAAGGAAGAGAAGAAGAACAGAGACGGGGGAGAUCGUGGUGAUCGUAAAGUGGUCGGAAGGUUUUCUUGAUUCUAUGCGAAAGGGUGUAUGCGUGAUUUGGGUGCCACUGUUCUUCUGCGUAUUGUUGACAAUCUGUUUAACAUUGUAUUCUUCUCUAGAGUUCUGGAACAGUUUGCACUCAGAUUUUUGUAAUCUUUCAAAUUCAGUUAUGACACUUGAUAUGCGGUCCAGAAGAGCAAAGAGAUUAUUAGAAGAGCAUGAUGGUGAGAAUUGUAAUGGUGAAGAAGAAGUGCAAGCAAUGGACAAUUGUCACAGACUUUGUCCGCUGAUAGCUGAAACUGGAAAUAUUGGUUUUGCUAUGUAGGCAAUGCAUCAGAGUAAAUCAAUGAAAUCAAGAAAUGUGGCUCAGUCUCUGGUGGCAGAGAAGAAUUAUACUUCUGAACAUUUGAGGAAACGAUUUCGAAGUACUCAGCGAAAUGGUGCUCUGAUGCUCACUGAAAAUUCAGCAAAUAAUACAAAUUUGGAUGUUGAUAAUACAGCUCCAACAAUUUUACUACUUGCCUACCAGUCUACCCAUUGUUUCAAGUAGACGAUCCUUUUCCAAGGGUUUGCUCAAAUAGUCAUCCAUGCAGGCCUCCAACAUCCGUCUUGUUUCCUCUCCUGGUGUAUGAGCUGUUAAUGCAAUGAUCGGAAUGCGAACAUGAAUUCUCAUAGCCAAAUAGCUCAAAAGCUCAUCAUCCUCGGCAACCAAAAUUUUUUUCCCACUCAAGGCUGUGCUCGGAUUACCAUGUUCAUGUGUUUCUCUAUGUGGAUGUGGGUGAUCAUGACCAACCGGUGAGUUUCUUGAUGUAGAGCCAACAUUAUGGGACUGAUCAUGACAUUGGAUUGGUGAAGAUGAGAUAUCAGAUUCAUCAUCAGUAUGUAACUGAUAUCUUGAUGAACUAGGAGCUCGAGAGACUUUUUUUAAUCCAACCUGAAAUGUGUCCCCUGCUGAUCUAUUUGGUAGUGCACCCCCAUACUCUGGAAGAAAUCUUACCACUUCGAAAAGACAAGUACCAUGAAGUGCCCUUUUUAUGAUGACAUCAUCCGGAUCAAGGCUACUCAAGUCCAUUAAUCUAUGAGACUGCGGAUUUUCUAACCAAACGGUCCUGCACCAAGCAUUUUGAAGGCCUCUUUUGAACUCAGUUAUAAUCUUACAUAAUUGCAGAUAUGGUCCAGCUGUCGUAUCUAUCACUAGCAAUAUAAAGGCGGGUGCACCACUAACAUUGGUAGUCGUCUUCUUAAAUAGAGAGCACACAUUAUUGUACGUUUCAUCCAUAGCACUCAUUAAAGGGUGCACCUCCUUUGCUAUAUUACCGGAGUUGCAUGAUGUAGAUUUGCUCAAGCAGUCCUGCAGACCCAAAUCAGAUAUUCCUGAAGACGAACUAGGAUGACCCUUCAUCUUCAUGUGUUCUACUUUCAUGAGAGUAUGAGCUAGUUGUCCCCAUUGUUCUACCACUGAUACCUUUAUCCCAAGGCUGCUCUUCAUGAACUGGUAAACUAUUCUCCGCCGCUCUUCAUUUUUAAUCAGUAGUACAACAAUGGAUUCCUCUACCUUAGCACUACUAGGGGUGCUGCGGAAUACAUUCAACCUAGGACUGCCAAUUGGUGUGAGAUUUGGACUAGGAAUUAUGGUCACCCUGGGGUUUGCAUUUGCCAUUAAUCCCAAUUGUUGAUCUCUGUCAUCACAACUAGGGUCACCUCCCAAUUCAAGGUCUUGUUGUAAUUUUAUAUGAUCCUCACGCAGAUUAAUAGCUCUCAGGAGAACAUUAAACCUGAAGCAUGUCCCUUUUUCACCAA